GUCUUCACGCUCGGCUUAGAUCUGUUAAACUUCUCUCAAGAUGGAGAGUCAAGUCUCUCACCACUUCGCUUCUAAGUCGAUCUGAUCCCAACUUCGAAUUCCCAGCAAACCCAGGUAAUCUGCUACAAGUAGGAAAUGAGUAUACAAAGAACCUCAACAUGACAACAUCUUUCCCCGCUUUAACUCAGUGGGAAUAUGAUGUUUUUAUUAGCUUUCGAGGCGAGGAUACCCGCAAGGGUUUUACGGACUACUUAUACACUGCAUUUGACGAUCAAGGAAUCAAAACGUUCAGAGAUGAUCCCGAACUUCAAAAAGGUGAAGCUAUUGCUCCAGCUCUUUCUGCUGCAAUUGAGAAAUCAAGAUUUUCUGUCAUUGUCCUCUCUCCAAAUUUUGCAUCGUCAACUUGGUGCUUGAAUGAACUUGUACAUAUUCUUGAAUGCAUGAAAGCCAAUCCUGUUGAUGCAUCGUCAAGUGGUAGGGUGCUGCCAAUUUUCUAUGAUGUUGAUCCCUCUGAAGUACGAAAGCAAACAGGGAGUUUUGGAGAUGCCUUCUCUAAUCAUGAAAAAAGGUUUUGGGAUGACAACGAGAAGGUGCAAAGGUGGAGAUCUGCAUUACAUGAAGUGGCAAAUUUCUCAGGGUGGGCUUCCAAAGAAUGGCGGUAUGAAAGAGAGCUCAUUAGAGAUAUUGUUGAAGACAUAUUGAAAAAAGUGCAACCUGCAGCAUUCAGUAUUGCAGAAAAUCUAGUUGGAAUGGAGUCGAGAUUGCAGCCAGUCUUUUUGCAUUUGGGUUUAGGGGUGGAUGACGUCCGCUUCAUAGGGAUAUGGGGAAUGGGGGGGAUUGGUAAGACAACGAUGGUGACAGAGGUGUAUGAAAGGAUCUCUCAUGAAUUUGAUUGUAGUUACCUUCUGACCAAUGUUAGAGCUUCUGUUGAAAAAGAUGGUCUACUUAAUCUGCAAAAACAAUUUCUCUCUGGGAUGAUGGAGAGAGAAAAGGCUUAUAAUAUAUUGAAUUCUCAUGAAGGAGCCACAGCAUUAAAAAGGCGGUUAGGGCGCAAAAGAGUUCUUCUCAUUCUUGAUGAUGUGAACCAGUCAGAACAUUUACAAUAUUUGGCAGGAAAUGCAAACUGGUUUGGUUCGGGUAGUAGAGUACUUAUCACAACUAGAAAUGAGCAUCUGUUGAUUCAACAUGAAGUCGAGAGAAGAUUGAAGGUUGAAGAAUUAAAUGAGGUUGAUUCUCUAAAGCUUUUUAGCAAGAAAGCAUUCAAGAAAGAUUACCCUCAAGAAGAAUUUCUUGGUUUGUCAGAAUCAGUUGUAAGUUAUGCACAAGGUCUUCCUUUAGCUCUUGAAGUAUUGGGUUCUUCUUUAUACAGCAGAGAUCUAAGUGAAUGGAAAAGCUUGCUGGGAAAACUGGGAAGAGUUUGUAACUUGAAAAUUUUUGAUAUACUCAAAAUAAGUUACAAUGAUCUAGAUCCCGAAGAGAAGAAAAUUUUCCUAGACAUUGCAUGUUUCUUUAAUGAGCAAGAUAAAGAUCAAAUAACAGAAAUACUAACAUGUUUCGAUUUUGCUGCUACUAUUGGAAUAAAAGUCCUCAUGGAUAGAUCUCUGCUGACUCUUUCACAUGGAACACUGCGGAUGCACGAUUUGGUCAGAGAAAUGGGACAGGAAAUUGUCCAUAUGCAAUCUCCUAACAAUCCAGGCAAGCGUAGUAGAUUGUGGCUUUAUAAAGAUGUCAAACAUGUCUUGACACACAAUAUUGGAACUGAAGCAAUAGAAGGCAUACUUCUGGACUCAACUGAGUGGGAAGCACAGGUGGACGCGACGCCGAUAUCGUUUUCAAUGAUGCACGAACUGAGAUACCUGAAGAUUAAGAAUGUGAACCUACCGAAAGGGCUUGAAUAUCUUCCCAAUGGUUUAUGCAUUCUUGAUUGGACAAGGUAUCCGUUAAAAUCUUUGCCAGGAACGGAGCCUUUACACAAAUUAAAAUCCAUUAAUUUGAGUCACUCUCCGCAUCUUGUCAGCACCCCAAACUUUAAAGUUAUGCCAUAUCUGGAGUUUCUAUAUCUUGAAGGUUGCAUAAGAUUGAAUGACAUUGACACAGGAAUUGAAGUGCUUGAAAGACUUACUGUGCUGACUUUGAAAGAUUGCAAGAAUCUUGUGCAUUUUGCAAAUAGUGUGCGUGGCUUAAAAUCUCUCAAGGUUCUUGAUAUUUCGGGUUGCUCAAAACUUGACACGCUACCAGAGGAUUUGGGCCAUAUGGAGUGUUUGGUAGAGGUUGAUGUGAGUGAAACGUCUAUACGAGAACUGCCUUGCUCCAUCAGCAGGCUUAAAGGACUUGUUUCUAUGUCCUUGAGAAAUUGCAAACAGCUUUCGUAUCUUCCAAGCAGUAUACGUGGCCUAAAGUCUCUCAAAUAUCUUAAACUUUCUAGUUGCUUGAAGCUUGAGAGACUGCCAGAUGAGUUGGGUCAGAUUUCCAGUUUGGAGGAGCUUGAUAUGGGACGAAGUGGAAUAAGAGAAGUGCCCCCCUGUAUUAGUCUUUUGAAGAAUCUUAAAGAAUUGUCUCUUGCUGGAUGUAAAACACAGUCACUUAGACCAUGGAAUAUGAUGCUCAACCCUCUUCAGUUAUUGCGAAAACAAAGCCACAUUCCGGCAGGAUUAUCGUUGCCAUGUUUGUCCGGGUUGCAUUCAUUGAUUAAAUUGGAUCUAAGUGACUGCAAUCUUUAUGACGAAACAAUGCCCAAUGAUUUCAGAUGCUUAGCCUCAUUGAAGAUGUUAGAUUUGAGGAAUAAUCAAUUUGUCAGACUACCUGAGGGCAUUAGCCAACUCUCUCAACUUGAAGAUCUCUACUUGGAUGGGUGCAGUAACCUUCAGAUAGUACCAGAGCUAUCACUUGAUGCAAGGGCAAGGGUAUACGUUACCAACUGCACGUCAUUGGAUAUAAGGGUCAAUCGAACAGGACGAAGUAGUUUGUUGCCAAGCGGGAAGGGGGAGAAAGAAAGCUGUGAGGGAGUAGCACUAGCAUUGCUAGCACGCCACCUAGCAAGUAAAGCAACUCCUCACAAAUCCAAUAUGUUUGUUGGUCCUGGAAAUGAAAUACCAGAGUGGUACAAUCGUCGAGGAGAGGGGUCUUCUAUAACUAUAGAGCUGCAUCCAGGUUGGUUUACUAACAUGUUCAUGGGAUUCGCCCUGUGUGUCGUUUUUGACCACCUCAAACCACUCUCGCCUUUCGAUAUGUGGAGGAUUACUUGGUCAAUGACAGCCAAUGGAAAAUCCUGGGAUGUGGGGCCACACUAUAUAUAUUCGUGUCCAAAAUUUGGGGAAAGGUGGGGUCAACCUGUGGGGGAUCACAUUUGGUUCUUUUACUUGAGCCAUGAUAUUUUCCGUGCAGAUUUUCAGGAUAUCCACUAUCGGCUUACAUUCUCAUUUAAUCCCACCUUGAAAACUGUGCGAGUAAAGAAGUGUGGUGUCCGAUUGGUGUAUGAGGAAGAUGCGGAGGUGCUUCGGCAAACAUAUUUGAAGCAGAGCAAGAAUACCAAGCGAGGUCUUCAACUCCUCUGUGAUGAUGUAGCAUCUAGUAGUAUUGCUGGAUAGGCUCAUCCAAAAAAAAAAAACCGCGCCACCUUGACGGUGCAGGAACCGGUGGAAGCCCUAAAAAUUUGUGACCACAAACAUGGUUGGUGUUCUUCUAUAACAACUCUUUCCUAUGUGUUUAAUGUAUUAGUAUUGAACAAAACUGUAGGACAGUGGUAAUGUAGUGAACAAGGGUCUACUGUUAU